AUGCCGCUCCCGAAACCUGAUCGCUUCGCAGACUACAUCACCGCCGCGGACGACGCCGCCCUCUUCUCCUCUCCGCUCCCGACAACAGGCGUGCGCAGGACCACAACCCGCGGCGAGCUCUACAGCUGGUACAUCUACUACGUCGGCAACUGCGGCCUGGGCCCCUUCAACUUCGCGGUCACGGCAUGGCACAACCUCCUGCAUCGCGCGGGGUGGGAUCCCACCCUCGGACACGCCUCGAGAUGCAGUGAUGGCCCGUGCUACCUGCACGCUUUUGGGGCCGAGCGGAGCACGCACUCGACGAUGCUUAUCACGAACGCCAUCAGCUUCGGCAUGCAGGCCGCCGUGUACCUUGUGCUCGGGAGCAUGGCCGACUACGGGUCUUGGCGGCCGCAUAUCGUCACAAUCGCAACCGUCGUCGGGUGGGGCGUGAGCUUUGCAUGGCUCGGCGUCACGGCGCCGCCGCGAUGGCGCAUCGGCACCUCCCUUUACGUCUUGGGAAUGUUGUCGUACCGCGUUGCGCUGACGUUCUGGAUGGCCGCGUUUCCGGGACUCUCCCGUGACACACCGGAGAUGCACAAGAACGAGAGGGGACUUGCAGACGGGCGUAUUUCGAGGGCCGAGUUUGAGCGCCGGGACAUGUUGGCGCGGAACAACCUCGCACAUGUCUCUUUCUUCCUUUGCUCGAUCGGGGAGCUGGCGGUUCUAGCCAUCCUUUGCGGCAUCAUACUCUCCAUUGCUCGGGGCGACGACGACAGCAAUGCGCGCGCCCUCUCCAUUGUCUGCGCGUACUCCGGUGGCGUGUGGAGUAAGCCCUUCCAUCUAUCUACCACGCCUUCACGCUGUGCCGCCGCCUCAAGCAGACCGAUCCUGAUCAAAACUAUUCAGGAGGAGGUUGCCGACUUUCAGGCGCUCACGCUCAACUACCUCCUCAUGGACGGGAUCGCGGCGCAGGCGCUGGGCAUCGGUGUGUUCUGGGUGGUCCAAAAACGCUGGUUCCUCCAGACCAAAACCAUGCUCCUCUUCAACGGCUUCUUCCUCCUCCUCAUCACGGCGUGGGGCUGUCUUGGUAUCACGCAGUCGUACGGGUUUCAUAAUCUUUGGGAGUUUUGGGUAUACCAAGGUUUCUACGGAAUUUUCGUGUCGCCCUUCCACGCGAUCAGCCAGGCCAUGGUCUCGGAGGUCGUGCCGCGCGGCAAGGAGUUUAUGUUCUUCUCGCUCUUCGCGAUCGUCAGCCAGACGAGUGUCGUGGGUCUCGUCGUGGCGAAAGCCAUCAUCGACCGGACAGGGAACAACAAUAUGCCCUUCACGUUCCUCCUCGGCCUCGGCGUCAUCGCGAUGGGCAUACUUUCCACAGUGGACAUCAGCAAGAGCCGCUACGAGUGCCGGAAAUACCUCGAGGAGGAGGCGGUAAACGUGUAUAUGAUGAGGCAUGGCGAAGUGCGGGAAGUAGCUGAUAAGUUGGCACUGGAGGAGAAGCAGAGGCGGCAGGAGGCAGCCGACCAAGUGUAG